AUGACAUCUGCUUUCUUAAAUCUGACCCUAGCCUUCAUGAUAUCUUUACUAGGUACUUUUAUAUUCCGCUCCCACUUAAUAUCUACUCUCCUUUGCCUAGAAGGAAUAAUAUUAUCCCUGUUUAUUAUAACUUCAACAUCCACAUUAAACUCUAACUCCAUAAUCUCCAUAACCAUCCCCAUCACCAUUCUAGUCUUUGCAGCUUGCGAAGCAGCAGUAGGCCUAGCCCUACUAGUAAAAAUCUCAAAUACCUAUGGAACAGAUUAUGUACAAAACCUCAACCUCUUACAAUGCUAA